UGAACUGAGGGAGCGAUGGCAGGCCACGAGGCAGAAGUGCUGGAUAUUCUACGGCUGAACGUGGGUGGCUGCAUUUACACAGCGCGGCGGGAGUCCCUGUGCCGCUUUAAGACCUCCAUGCUGGCAUCCAUGUUUAGUGGCCGUUUCCCUCUAAAGACAGACGAGUCUGGGGCGUGUAUUAUUGACCGAGAUGGACAUCUGUUCAAAUACAUUUUGGACUAUCUCCACGGGGAGGUGCAGAUGCCCUCGGACGAGCAGACACGAGCGGCCCUGCAGGAAGAGGCUGACUACUUUGGCAUCCCUUACCCGUACAGCCUGUCUGACCACUUGGCCAAUGAGAUGGAGACAUAUUCUUUAAGGUCAAAUAUAGAACUUAAAAAGGCUUUAACAGACUUCUGCGAUUCAUAUGGCUUAGUUUGCAAUAAACCAACAGUUUGGGUUCUCCACUAUCUUAACACAUCUGGUGCAAGCUGUGAGAGUAGGAUUAUUGGUGUCUACGCUACCAGAACGGAUGGGACAGAUGCCAUUGAUAAGCAGCUGGGAGGAAGAAUUCAUAGUAAAAGCAUUUUCAAAAGAGAGGCGGGGAAUAAUGUUCAGUACAUUUGGAGCUAUUACUCUGUAGCCGAGUUGAAGAAAAUGAUGGAUGCCUUUGAUGCUUGGGAAGGAAAAGGUGUAAGCUACUGGCGUGUGCCUCAUGAGCUGAUAGAGUGCUGGACGUUGGAAGAACGGCCUUUACAUGGAAGUCUGCGUCAUAUGGACCCAAUUCGAAAGAGGCGGCUGAUGGCCCUCGGUGAAGAUGAUGAAGGUGUGAACUGCAAGGCUGCUCCUAAGCCUGUCAGAUUCCUGGGCCCUUCCACAAGCACCCAGAUUAAAGUCAAGAAUUCUGCUUCAGUCAGAGUGUCACCGGCCAGGGCCAGUGCUGCCCAGAUCGCCUCUCGGGCUGCAGUCAACCGCUCUAAAGGAAGCAGCUGCGGGAGGGCAGCCCCGUGCGCUGCAGCCACAGGGGUGUCUGGAUGUGCUCCAGCCUCCCCUGACACCCAGAGUGCAGAAAACCACUGCGCACAGCCACCUCCCACCAAGGUGCUCCUCUCUGACAAGCAGUCUCCACCCCACCGAGUGAUCAAGCUGAGGCGGACUCCUCUGUGUGGGGGGUCUUCCCUGCCCACCCCCUCAGCCCGGAGCCAGCCCUGCUCCCGCCGGCUGUCUUCUCCAGAGGCUUCCAGCACUUUGGGUGUGCAGACUGAGAACAGGAAAGACCAGCCUGGUGGAUAGAGUGGACUGGAGGCUGCCUGUGUGUCCCUCAGCUUCCAGCAUGCUGAUCCCAAAAGUGUUCUUGGUGGCAGAGAGGGAAAGCCCAUGUGGGUUUUGGGAUUAUU